UGGGGGAAUCAUAACAAACACAACAAAAAUACUUAAAUGUAUCAAAUACAAACACUUUGAAUUAAAUGCGUUUAAUAGUGCGGGAUGUUUUGAAGUGUUUCAGUCAGGCAGCGGCGCACGAGGACCGCCGCGCGAGCCCGCUCAUGCAUAUUAAUGACGCACGCGCGGCCUGAUGAAUAUUCACGAGCACGUCCUUCCGGUGACCGAACACGGAUGCUGCUUCGAUAUCCUCUUCUGUUCUUUUCCGUUUUAUUCCGCCCCUUUUGAAUUAAUUCACGAAUACGCUAGAAUUAAAACCACGCUCUCCUUCGUCUGUCGGGUAACGUAUAUUACAUGAGGGGGUGGGUCUUCGGGAAGGGGGCGUGUCUCUCCUUCUGUUCCGCAGAGCUCCAUCACAGCGAACGCAGGAUGGAGCAGCUCGUCGGCCGCAGCGCUCCGCCAGGCCCGGUGCUGCAGGUGUGUUUCCCCAGCGCCCGCGCGGCUGUCCUGGAGAAUCUGAACCGGCAGCGCGAGGAGGGUCAGCUGUGUGACCUCUCCAUCCAGGUGCAGGGUCAGGUGUUCCGCGCGCACCGGUGUGUGCUGGCCGCCUCAUCGCCGUAUUUCCACGACCAGGUUCUGCUGAAGAACGUCACCACGGUGUCUCUUCCUUCUGUCAUGGACCCUCUGGCCUUCGAGAGCGUGUUGAACUCCGCCUACACGGGUCAGCUCAGCAUCGUGCGCGACGACAUCAUCAACUACGUCACGGUGGCCAGCUUCCUGCAGAUGUGGCACAUCGUGGACAAGUGCACUGACAUCCUGAAGAGGUCGCGACCUUUGGUCCAGCUCAGCCCCGGUGGGGCGACGUCCUCCAGUCACCAGUCGCCCAGCAGCUCCGACUGCUGCUUCGCCGACCCGGAGGAAGGGGAGCGGGGAGCGGGUGAACAAACUCUAGAAAAACGGCCGCAAAGCGCACUACCGCCUCUGGCCACAUGGAGGCGUCCGACUCAGAGCAGGUGGAGCAGAAGCAGCCUGACGUUCCCCGUCCGAACGGAGCCCGAAUGCGGCCCGAAUACGGGAGAUGACGGUUUCCAUGCAUUCCCCGUCGCGCCUUUGCCGUCCAUCGAAACUUCGGACUUCGCGAGGCACCGAAUCCGCGCUCGCCUCCGAGGUGCGAAGGAAGACGAGGAGCAGAGGAGGAUGGAAGCUGAUGAAGGAGUCGGAGAGCCGCUGGAUGAGGACAAAGUGAGGGUGAAGUGUGAGGAGCACCAGGCCGGAGCCGUCGAGUCGGACGGACGUCUCAGAGAGAGCGAGAGCGGCGAGACGGAGCAGGAGACGGACGGACUGUGGAACCAGUGGACUUUGUCGGACGCCAAGCUGCUGGACGAAGACGAGGAGAACGAAACGGACGUCGCGUUCGAGACCUACGACGAGAUCGAGAAGGCCACGGGGCAGAUUUCCCAGCGUCCCUUGCCACCGCCGUCAUCCGACCAGCUGGCUCCGGGAACGUCCGAGCUUUCCUGGGUCUCGCAGUCGUCCUCGUCCUCCCCGUGCUCUCCUCUCUCUGCGACGCCCAAAGUCCACUUCUGUCACUGCGGCAAAGCGUACACGCUGAAGAGCAUGCGCGACCGCCACGUGAAAAUGCAACACCUGAACCUGCGUCCGUUCUCCUGCCCCGUCUGCUCCAAGAGCUUCAAGAUGAAGCACCACCUGACCAAACACGUCAAGACGCACGGAGGCCUACGCCCGUACGAAUGCACGCUCUGCGGCAAGAAGAUCGUCUGGAGAGACAGUUUCCUCAAGCAUCAGGCUCGCUGCCAGGGGACGACAACGCCCGGCUGUCAAAAUGAAGAUGCAGACGCACCUGGACAAGUGAAGGUGGAACAGGAUGAUUAUUCGUUACAGGACGAGGAAGUACACUCUUAAAAGUAAAAGUUCAGAAAGAGGUUUUUGCGUUGAACGCCAAAGGAAAACCAUUCCUUUCAGUCAACAGUUCUUAAAACAACUAUAAAUUGCUAUUUAAAGUUUCUGUGGAUGGUUCUUUGUGGAAACGCCAGUGCUAAUGAACCUUUAUUUUCAGUUCACACACUCUUAAAGGUUCCGAAGGAGAGAACCUUUCAGUGAUCGGUUCUUUAAUGUGGAUGUUAAAGGUUCUUUCCACUAUGAAGAAUGGUUAAAGUUUCUUAACGUAAAUAAUAGUACCAAUAAACCUUUAUGUUACAGGAAUAUGUCGUGAACAAAGAAAACAAUGGAGAUUAAUAUUCUUUUAUCUGCUAAUUAAUUACUGGAAGAGGAAAUACACUCUUUAAAAUAAAAAGCUCCAAAAAACGAUAAUCUUUUUAAAAAAUGUUCUUAGUGUGGACAUUCUAUUAAUUUCUACAAUCUUUUUCCACUGUGAUGUGAACCUCUUAUCCAAUGGAAAGGUUCCCAUGGGUGUUAAAAGUUCUUCUGGGGACUAUCAAUGUCAAAAUCUUUCAUUCUAAGAGUGUAUCACACCUUUUUCCAAGAUAAAGAACCUGAAGUGGUUCUUAGUGGAACACUUGGGCCCAAUAAAGAAUCAUAAAGGUUCCCUAAAGAACCUUUCAGUGAUCAGUCCUUAAAGAACCUGCAAAACUGUUCACAGCUUGUCUGAUUUCUCCAAAUGAAAAUGAACUAGACACUCGCGACUAGAACAUUUGAAUUGACCUAAAGAACUAUUCUAACUAACUUUCCAUUUUAAAGAAGCUGGUUCUAUGGAUGGUGACAGUUCUUAGAGACAGUUCUAAGAGUGUAGACAGACAUUAAUCUGUGAACAAAACAAAAAGGAAGCGGUGGAGAUCAGUGUUUAUCUACUCAUUCAUUACAGGAAGAGGAAGAACGCCCGAAAAAGGUUUUUUGCACUGAAUUCGUUAUAAGAGUAUUUUUGGUUCAUUUUAAUAAUCUGCAAAGAACCUCUAAUCAUGGAAAGGCUCUAUGGAUGUUAAAGGAUGCCAACAAAAACCUGUUUUUAAGAGUGAAAUUACAGAAGGAACCCGUAGUGUUUCAAUGGAUGUUAAAGGUUCUUUAUGGAACAUUUGUUCCCCAAAAAAGAGUGUAACCGAAGCUCCCUGUUAGUUAUCUACUAAUGAUCCACAUAUGUAGCAGAUCUAUAUAUAUAUAUAUACACUAGAAGCACUGUUUUAAAAACACAACUCGAGUGGUUUGGUGUGUGUUUAGCGUGUUUAUUUCCACACGGAUGGGCAGAGGCUGGUUAACCCUCCUUAACUCACCCGUUUAAGUCUGUUGUGUUUAGUUUGAUGUUCUCAGACUGAAUCGUGUGUUAGAUACUGAACACCUCUAGACUGUACAUAAUAAUAAUAAUAAUGAUGAUAACAAUGCAGUGUGAUUUUUAUAUCGUCAAUAAAGGCAUUUUAUUAAAAUCUG